AUGUUAUCAUUAAGAAAUGUGUAUACUUUCCAAGCUGGCAUUGGCAUCUUAGCCAAUGUCUUCCUCCUUGUCUUCCACAUCUUCACAAUCCACCGGGUUCAUAGGCCAAGGCCUACUGAUAUAACCACCUUUCAACUGGCCUUUGUGCACCUAGUGAUGCUAGUUAUUGCUCUGGAUAUUUUAUCUGCAGACAUGUUCAAAUGGCCAACUUUUCCCAAUGAACUGAAAUGCAAGCUUUUGUUCUACCUGAGUAGGGUGAUGAGGGGAUUCUCUAUUUCUAGCACCUGUCUCCUGAGCAUUGUUCAGGUCAUCACCAUCAGUCCCAGCUCUUUCUAUUUGUCAACAUUUAAAUACAAACUAACAAAUUAUAUUGUCAUUGCUUCCUUUUGUAUUUGGUUCCUCAACCUAUCUUCCAGUAGCAAUAUGAUCAUCUACACUGUAGCUCAUUCUAACAGGACCAAUCUACUCAAUGUCAGCAAGUACUGCUCAUUUUCCUCAAUGAACUCUGUCAUCAGGAAAAUAUUUUUUAUGCUUGAAUUAUCCCAGAGUGUCUUCUUUGUAGGAAUCAUGCUGCUCUCCAGUAUGUACAUGGUGAUUUUCUUAUGUCGCCAUCGAAGGAAGUCUGAGUACCUUCACAACAUGAGCAUUUCCCCAAGAACCUCCCCAGCAAAACGGGCCACCUGCACUGUCCUAGUGCUGGUGAGUUUAUUCGUGAUUAUGUACUGUGUGGAUAUCACCAUCUCAGCCUUUUCAUCCAUACUGUGGAAAUAUGAGCCAGGCAUUGUGGAUAUCCAGAGGUUUAUGGGAAACAUCUAUGCCACUGUCAGUCCUUUGAUACAUAUUAGUUCUGAUAAUAGGAUUCUUGGUCUUCUUAAAAAAAAGUGA